UUGCUACCUUAGUUCAUUCACAACGCCACUCUGGAUUACCAAAGCCUUUAAAGAGAAGCUCCUUCCUCGGGCUCCUCGGACGACACAGCAGGGAGUUCACAAACCUGCCCGCCGCCGUAAACAAUGAAAAUGUCAGCGGAGGAGAUCAGCCAGGUCCUCAAGGAGGGAGAGCUGGAGAAGAGGAGCGACAACCUGCUCCAGUUUUGGAAGAGGAAGACGUGCGUCCUGACCACGGACAGCCUCAACAUUUACGCCGACACGCAGAAGCGCUCCAAGGGCAAGGAGCUCAAGCUGCAGUCCAUCAAGAAGGUGGACUGCGUGGAGCGCACCGGCAAGUUCGUCUAUUUCACCAUCGUAACCACAGACAAUAAGGAGAUCGAUUUCCGGUGCUCUGGGGAAGAGAACUGCUGGAAUGCAAUGAUCACCAUGGCUCUGAUUGAUUACCAGAACAGAAAGGCCAUCCAGGACUUUAAAACGCGGCAGGACAACGAGAGCGCGUCGCCCGGACAGCAGGAGAGGCGCAUGGCGAGGGCGCCAUGAGAGGGACUCCGUUAACCACUCCUAAUAUGUGUCAAAGUGGACCAUAAAGAAAUAAUACGCGGACCAAAAGGACGACGUGGUCAUCCGGUCCAGAGAUGAAGGAUUGUUCGGGACUGAGCUCUCGGAGAGAGGGGGGACAACUGACAGAUUUUCAGAAGCUCCACACACAGGACUGAACCCUUGAAUUGUCAGAACUAUUUCAAGUUUGCUCUCCUGGGAGGAAAAACCAUGAUGUUAAUUUAUUUGUUUCCAGGAUAUGUGUUACUGGCAAACAGCUUGUCUUGUUUAAAUUAUUUUCUAUUUCAAUGUGUGUUGAGUGUAUAUUUAUUUGAAUAAAUAUUCAUGGAUUUUUGACAUAA